AUGCAGAUGCAGUUGCAGAUGGUCAGGCUUCGGCUGCUACACCCUCGUCUGUUCCUGUCUUCGGCUGCCGUGGCUGCUCGACAUUGGACCCCAAGCAGACGGCUACUCAGCACGCAGCAUGUCCAGUCAGCGACCAGCAGCAUCGCCGGUGAUGCCAAACCGUUCGUGCCGUUGCGGAAGCAGUUGAAGGACGAGACGAAGGCGAAACGGCUGCAGGGAAAGGGAAAGAAGAAGUCGAGAGGCGCGAGCUCGCAGGUUGAAGGAUGGGAGUUGACAGUCGGCAUUGAGGUCCACGCCCAGCUGGAUACGGACUCUAAGCUGUUUUCCAGUGAGUUAAUGGCUAUAAAGAAGCACUGGCACAAGAGAAAGAUAGAGGGGAAAAAAGUCUCUAGAAUGAAAAACGCUGAACUGAUUGUGUAG